GUGGGUGGCACUGCUUACACAGCGGCGUGAACAGCCUAACGACCACCAUCUGGCCGGUUCCAACUCUACUGCCUUAGCCCGGUCCCUAGUUCGUCGCUGCGCAAGAGUGCAGGGGGGCAAACACACCCCUCCACCUCCAUUCCUCGUUCCUCUUAUGCAACCCGGCUUUGAAUUGUUCCUCGACGCUUCCUUCUACUCUGUCGUCCAUGCGCCGUUGAUUCUUUUUAAUCUUCUGGUGCCGGCCUUCAUCUGAGGACUACUCUCCUCUGCUACACCUUGCCGAUCAUCCCUUCCCAGUAUACUAUCCCCCCCCCCAGUAUACCCAGCAUGGCGGACUCCCUGCGUGACGAGGAGAAGGGCAUCCGCGCCCCUCCAGCCGUCGAGUCGGUCUCGACGCCCUCCGACAUGGAGAAGAAGCCCCCGGCCUCUGUGUCCGGAGGCAAUGUCUUCACGAGGAUCAACAACCGCAUCCAGUCGCUCACCUUCAACGAAAGCCGCGGUAUCGAGCGCGUGCCCGAGUCGGAGCGCCAUGCCGCCUCCGUCGGCAACUAUAUGCAGAUGACCCUGCUCUGGUUCAGUACCAACAUCACCGCCAACAACAUGGCCGUCGGCAUGUACGGGCCUCUGUCCUACGACCUGGGAUUCGUUGACUCCGCUCUCUGCGCCGUCUUUGGUGCGCUGCUCGGCUCCGCCGGUGUGGCGUACAUGGCGACCUUUGGGCCCCAGAGUGGUAACCGAACUAUGGUCGUUGCGAGAUACUUCAUGGGAUACUACCCCAGCAAGAUCGCCUGUCUGCUGAACAUCAUCAUCAUGAUGGGGUACGGAAUGAUCGACUGUCUCGUGGGCGGCCAGGUGCUGUCCGCGGUGGCCGACGGCAGCCUGACGAUUGUCGUGGGAAUCAUCAUCAUCGCCAUCAUCACCUGGGUGAUUGUCAUUUUCGGUAUGGCGCCGUUCCACGUCUACGAGAGAUGGGCCUGGGUACCGCAACUCAUCGCCAUCUUUGUGCUGGUCGGCAGCGCAGGCCCCAAGUUUGACACCAACAUCUCCUCGACGGGCGACACCCAAACCAUCAACGCCAACCGCCUCACCUUCUUCUCCCUCUGCCUCUCCAGCGCGGUCGCAUGGGCCCCCGCGGGCGCCGACUUCUUCGUCUACUUCCCACCCACGACCUCCAAAUGGCUCACCUUCUUCAUGACCUUCCUCGGUGUCGGCCUGGCCCUCUCAUUCGCGAACCUGAUGGGCGUGGGACUCGCCAGCGGCACGCUCACCCAAGAAUCGUGGGCGACCGCCUACGACACCUCAUCUGGAGCGCUGAUCCUCGCGGGCUACGACGGCCUUGGCGGGUUCGGCAAGUUCAUGGGCGUUCUCGUCGCCCUGGGUCUCAUCGCCAACAACAUCCCCGGAACGUACUCAGCGACACUCGGCUUCCAGAUCAUGGGCCGCCACCUGGCGCGUCUCCCGCGGUGGUUCCUGUCGUGCGUGUGCGUGAUCAUCUACACGGUGUGCGCGCUCGGAGGCCGCAACCACCUGUACGACAUCUUCGAGAACUUCCUCGCGCUGAUGGGCUACUGGGUGUGCAUCUACCUGACCAUUGCGGCGGAGGAGCAGCUCAUCUUCCGUCGCCACGUCGGCUUCGACUGGGACGCGUGGGCCGACCGCUCCCGACUGCCGCUUGGGAUCGCUGCGCUGGCCGCCUUCCUCAUCGGCUGGGCCGGUGCCAUUGUCUGCAUGGACCAGAUCUGGUACAUUGGGCCGAUCGCGAAGAUGGUCGGGUCGUAUGGCGCCGAUCUGGGUAUCUGGGUUGGUUGUUCGUGGGCGAUGCUGGUUUAUCCGCCUUUCCGGUGGUUGGAGUUGAAGAAGGUCGGUCGGUAAAUCUGCCGUCUACCGGUGAAUUCAUGAACCAACCAACCAACCAACCAACCAUUUAACCGCAAUCAAUCAACUAAAUGGUUUUUUCACUGUAUAAUUCAGGGGCGGUUUCUUUCAUCAUACGCUAUAAAAAUAAUACAGGUGUGUAUAUUUGCGAGUGAGUGGGUGGAUAAGUGAGUGAGUGAGUGAGUGAGUGGGAUUAGAGACGCAUUGUUUCUUUUGUUUUACUCUCCGUACGCGAAAAGCAAUGCUAUGCGCGUGUGCAUGGAUGUAUAUGUGUUAAUGUAAUGGACGGCUGGCUCAGAUUACCUACUAUGUGAUGCGAUUAUGUUAUGAGCACAUGAGUUAAUAAUGUGGAUGAGUACGGUGUAGCUAGUUGUUGCAAUCAAU